AUGAGUUUCUAGGCUCAAAACUAAAAUUAAGCUUUGAACUAUUAAAAUAUAAGAUCAAAAUAAAUGUAUUAAGGAGGAGAAUAUGAUUAAUCAAAUAAUUAGAGAGCAAACUAAAAAGAAUUUAAUUUGUAACAAUAACAAUCAAGUAAUGAGAGGGUUUGGACAACAUAAGUAAAAUAAAGAUUAUAUAAAUAAGGCUCCUUAAAACAAAGUGUCUCAUAAUCAAUUUUCUUAAAAUGAUUUGUCUUAUGAACAUCGUGUUAGUAAUAGUCAAAUAGUUAGACAUCAUGAUACAUCACAUGAUUAACAUCAUUCUAUAAAUAAUCAUAAUCAUCAUGAGGGUCAUUAUAAUCCAUUGUAGAUGCCUUGUGAUUGGGAAAUAGCAAGGAAACAUGCAUUAUCAAGAAGGACAGCAAAAGAAAAGACAAAGGAUCCUACAAGAACAUUAUAAGGUAAUCGAAGACUAAUUAACCAUCAGUUGAAACUUGUCCAUGUUGUGGGUUUGAAGUAGAUAGAGAUGAUAUACCCUAUUGUUCAAAUCCUAUGGCUUUAUCAUUUUUGGGAUCAGGAUUUACAUUAUUUUAUAACUACUUAAAAUACUGCAUCAUAAUACUCUUUAUUUAAUUGUUAGUGAAAUAAAUCCAUAAUUUAUAUACAAAUUAUCAAGGAUCUUAUUGUAGCCAUAUUAAAAGAGAAAAAAUGGAGGGACAUAUUAUUGAAGAACCAUAUUGUCCAGAUAGUAUUUUUUUAAGAUUAUCUUUGGCUAAUAAAUUAGAGUAAUACAAAUUAUUUAUAUUAGUAACCGAGAAGCUCUUGAAGCUAUGCAAGUAUUAAAUUUUAUAAGUAUCUUUAUUAUAAUGUUUGUACUUAUUUAUUUCAGAAAAAGUCAAAGAUAAAUUGAUACUACAAUAGAUGAAGAAUAAUUAACACCUGCAGAUUAUACUAUUUGUGUUAAAAAUAUUCCAACUGGUUUACCUGUUGAUUACAAAGCAGAAUUAACUAAUUUAUUUUAAAAUUAUGCAGUAUUAGAUUCUUCUUAAAAAAUUAUUGUUAGAAAAGUAGUGUUAGUAUAUGAUAUUGAAGAAAUCAUUGAUUUAGAAAAAAAAUUAGAUACUUUAAUAGAAAAAAAGAAAGAAGCUAUUCAAGAACAUAAUUUUGAUUUUCAUCAUUAAAAUGUUUUAAAAAUAGAUGAAGAAAUAGAACAUCUUGAACAUCAAAUUCAUAAAAUAGAGGAAGAAUAUGAACUUCAUAAUUCUAAAUUUUCAGGUAUAGCAUUUGUUUCUUUUGAUGAUGAAUCUAUGAAAUAAUUGGUAUUAUAAGAUAAUCCUCAUACAUCUUUAGAAAGAAUGAAAUCACAUUGGAAUAGAGGUUAAUUAGAAGGUUUAAACAAUAAUGAUUUAUAAUGGAAAGGAUAAAAAUUGUUUUUAGAAUAAGCUCCAGAACCAAAUGAUGUUGAUUGGGAAUUCAUUCAUAUAACAACAAAUGAAAAGAUUUUCAAAAGAGUAAGAGCAUGGAUUUAUUAUAUAUUAUUUGAAAGUGCAGCUUUCUUUAUUAUAUAUUUAAUUUCUCAUAGACUAGCACUUUUGGGAGAUGAAGCUCAUGAAGAAGAACUAAAAGGAAAAUUAGAUUAAGAUACUAAAAGAAAGAUUAAUAUAAUGUCUUUUAGUAUAUCUAUGUUAAUCGUAUUAUUUAAUAAAUUUGGUGUAGCUAAAAUAGUACAUUAUAUUGUGGAUGAUGAAAAAAUUUCAAAUAAAACAAAAUUUUAAAUAUCAUUUGUAUAUAAAUAUGCCCUUGCUUUAUUUUUAAAUGCAGCUAUCAUUAGUUUUUUAGUUGAUAUUGUAAUAUUGAAAAAUGUAAAAGGAGCUGGAGGAUUUAUUUAAAAUGAAAGCCAGAUUUUUGUACUUAAUGCUAUAUUUCCACCAUUUAUUUGGUUCAUUGAUCCAUGGAGUUUGUGUAAGAACAUUUGGAGAAAACAUAUUAUGUCAAAAGGAGAAAAAGCAUUGUUAACAUAAUAGGAAGCCAAUAAACUUAUGGAAGAACCAGAUUAUUUAUCAGCAAAAAGAUAUUCAGAUGUUAUGAAGACUAUGUGGUUCACUUUUAUGUAUGGUACAGCCAUUCCUUUAGGUACUUUAUUUAGUGCUUUUGGUAUUCUAAUUUAUUAUUUUGUUGAUUAUUAUAAUAUCUUAAGAAGAAGAACUGUUAAAGAAUCUAUUAGUAUUUAAUUAUCAACAGGUAUUCAUUUAUUUUCAUUAUUUAGAAAUGAUUGAAAUGCUUGAAUAUAUUAUUCCAUGGUGUGCAUUUGGUGAAAUGAUAAUGACUUAUACUUUCUUCCAUGAAGUUAGUAAAAUCGAUAUUCUUUUAAUCAUUUUGGCUAUAAUAUAUUAACAGUUACCUAUGGAAGAUAUAUCUGAGUAUCUUUUCCCUGUUGAAAAUAAUGAAGAAGUAUUAUUAUUCUAUAAUUAGAUAAAACCUUAUGCAGAAGGAAGUGCUGGCUUCGAUACUGAUUAUGAUAGAGAAAAUCCAGUAACUAAACAUAAAGCAUUAGCCGAAUGGAACUAAAAAUAAAAAAAUGAUCAAAAUCCAAAUCAUAAAAUUGUAAAAGUCUUACACCAAUAAGAUGAAUUUGGAUAUAUCGCUGAUGGUCAUUUUGGACAUAGAUGA